GCAUCAGAUGAGCCAAACGGCUGCCUGGAGUCAACUUUACCGCUGUACUUGUGUGAGGAACACUCGCAAACAAUGAUACGGAUUAUUGUUUUUCUCAAAAUAACUGUCUGCUAUUCUGCAACACCCACUGGCAGUCAUUGGUCAUAUCCACGGAGCAACACUCAUGUCGUUCCAACAACAAAAGCUGCGUCUCAUGACAACAACUGCAAGAACGUGAUCCAGGAUUGUCUAAAUGAAGUACCCUGGACUCAGUGUUUUGAAAAGAGAAGUGUCAGCUGUAUUGUGAGAGGGCGACAGCACCCAGGCUUCAUACGUCGCAUGAUGAGUACAUCUGAAGAGGCAGAAGAAAGCCCUACAGAUCAUCACAGGGUUCACGUCCCAUCCUCGGCUCUCAGAAGAAGCAAAGGAGGAGACACUAAGAGCCAGGAGGAGUAUGUAAUACCUCUGGUGAUCGCCGUGUUCAACAGCUCUCUCUUCAAGCUGAGCCGCCGUCAGGGUAGAGCUCGAGGAAGAGGACUCACGCCUGACCAGUCUGAGCACAACCAAGUCAUUAUUUUGGGGAAUACAGUUUUGGCAGUGAAGCUAGGGAGUGGUCCUGUUCAUAACCUUUCAGAGCCCAUUAAACUAAUCUUCAAACACAACAACCAGGUGCAAAAUGGGACGUGUGUGUUUUGGCUGGAGUCAAACAUGAAGGAUGGAACAGGUCACUGGAGAGCAGACGGCUGUCACACCACCUAUGAGCAAAACAAAAUCACAUGCAGCUGCAACCACCUCAGCUUUUUUGCAGUGCUUGUGAACCCCAUAACAUCUGUGGAUUCAACUAAUGCUGUGAGCCUCAGUUAUAUCACCUACGUUGGAUCGGUGCUGUCUGUGAUAUUUGCAAUCAUCAGUUUAGUUAUUUAUAUAUGUCUACAACAGUGGCGUCCAGAGAAGGCCAUCGGUUUACACAUGCAACUGACGGUGGCGCUGCUUUGCCUUCAUCUCAGUUUCCUGCUCUGUAGUUUCUGGGUGUGGUUACAGAAAGAAGAUAGUUUGGUUUGCCAGAUUCUGGGGCUAUUUUUGCACUGGUCACUGCUAGCUACUUUCUGCUGGAUGGCAUUGGAGGGAUUCCACCUCUACCUUCUCCUUGUCAGAGUCUUCAACAUCUACGUCAGGAGAUACCUGCUGAAACUCAGCUUGGUGGGAUGGGGAUUUCCUACAGUAAUUGCAGUAGUUUGUGGGACAUUAGGUGUGUAUGGCAAAUACAGUCUGGUACAUAAAGAUGGUAACAACCACACGACAACUUCACAAAUAUGUUGGAUCAGCAGCAACUUCCCACAGAGGAAUAUAGUCAGCUAUAUCACUAUUGUUGGCUUCCUGUGCCUGGUGAUACUGUAUAAUUCCUGCAUGUUGGGACUGGUGAUUUUCAAGCUAAGGAUGCUGAGGAGAGCAAGUGGAGACAAAUAUGGCAGUGGUGGUUGGAAGAAGAUGUACAGAGAAAAAGGGACCCAGUUAUGGAAAGACUGCGCCACAGUGCUGGGUCUCAGCUUUGUCCUGGGGAUACCUUGGGCUUUAGCGUUCAGCACCUUCUCUUACUUCUCCCUCUUUUGGAUCUAUCUGUUCACUAUCCUGAACUCCUUGCAGGGUGUGAUUGUGUUCCUGUGGUCCCUUGCAUUGACCUGCAAAAUUCGAUCUGACAGUAAUUCCUCAGCCAAGUCAAGUCAAGACCCUUCCACUCUGAAGAUGACAGAUACUAAUUUCAGUAAUGGUCAAUAAACUCUUUAGUAUCACCAUCACAGUGAUCCUAAAAUGGAUACUCAAAGGAAUAAGACUCAAAGGAUUAAGACCACAACAACAGCAAUGAAUUGUGCGUUAUCUAUAGGUGCUGGACUUUGGGACUUUGGGCAUGUGACGUAAUAGUACCCAUUGGGCAUGAAGGCCUUAAGGGCUAUAGCAGUCUGACAUUUAACCCCAGUGACCUUGACCCAAAUGAUUGACCUUGUCAGGGUAGUUCUAGAAUCCAUGUUGUCCAAAUUAGUUUAAAAAUAAAAUUCCUUGACCUUGAAAUUUGCCAAAAUUACUUUUUUAUUGCAGUUUCAUCCUUCACUGGCACAGCAGGUUUGGUAGAAAUCAGCAAAAGAAUCUGGGAAGAGAAGACCAACAAACAGACAGCCAAAUAUGACCUUGAUCCCAGUGACUGACAUCGACAACUUUGACCAUAUUGAGUAAUUCCAGAACCCACCUCCAUACAUGUGUCAUGUUUUGUAUAAAUCACAGUGUAAAACAUCACUUUUGAUUUUUGAUCCCAAUGACCUUGACCAAAUUGAUUGACCUUUGGUCAAUUUUAUAUCACCUGGGCUGACCCCAAUGACCUUGACAAUUGCCAAAACAAACCCCUUAAUGGAAAUUCUGGGGUCAACCUUCAUGCACCCAGUUUGGCACAAGUGCCUUGGAGUGGUAGCGGGACAAACAAACAAACACUGGUCAUAUUUUAGUAUGUUUAAAUCAAAUAGUAUCAAUAACUUCACAUGCUCAAAUACUUUUUUCCUUACCUAAAUGGUAAUUAUUGUGUCAGUUGCACCAGCCAAGAUGGUCAAAAUUGCCAAGAAUUAAUUGUGUGUUCUUGAAAAAGUGAGAAUUAAAAAUGCUAUAACCUGAUACGAGCACUGGCCAAGAUGUGCAUAGAGUGAAGAGGCCCUGAGUGUGUCUGUGCAGUAAGUAUGUCCUUGGUUCUACUCAAAGCAUUCUUAGUUUACAACAAGCAACACAGGAUUUCAGUAUUUUAAAAUGCUUCAAAGGUGUGAACCAUAUCAAUAUGAUCUAAAACAACACUAUUUCAUGAGUCAGCAGCAGUGAGAAGAAUAAAAACUACAAAACAAAUCAAUAAGAUAGACCUUUUGGAGGAAAGAAAGGUAAAUUUUGUCUCAUAUGUCAGGGACUAUAGUACACAAAUGUGUCGACUCUAUAUCUUACAUUAUCCUUAGAGAUGUUUUCUCACAUAUGGAAGGGCAUUCACUGAGUGCACACCUCUAUAAAUAGACAAACAAAAUGAAUACCAUACUACCUCCAUCCAUAUGUUGUCCAGUCUGUCUCCACACAACAUUGACCUUAUGGAAUUUCAAGCAUUCUUCAGUUAUGACUGAAUACAAAAUAUUUCUACUGAUUUGAUAAGAUAACAUACAUCAGCUUUAUUUAUCUCACAGGAAAUGAUGUUGAUUUGAACUUAAAUUCUGAACUUUUUAUUGAACUUUAAUUUUGAUAUUUGUGGAUACCACCCUUUUUGUGUCAGUAUACAAUACACACAUUAUUAACGUCCUCCCAGAAAGGAUUCUUGAGUAAUAGUUGUGAGGAAAAAAAAUCACAUUAUUGGCGUUUUGGAAGAAUAUGUAUGAAAUGAUCUUCAAAUACAAUGAGCUAAUUUAUUUCCAAGGCUGAACCUAUGAUCCACGUCUCAGACAUUGUGUAAAUCAGUUGUCGUGUUCACAAGAACAAUCGUUUCUGCUCGAUUAUUAUGCAAAUAUAUGCACUAAAUAACCCUAAACAUAUUGAGCUCAUCCUAUUGGUUGAGCUUUAUGCACUAACACCAGUGGGUCUUUCUCAGGAUGCUGGUUUAUUUUGUGAUCUUAAAUUAAAGCAACACUUGGUAGAACAUUUGUUUGUCUAUUGUGCUCCAGUGUUGUAGAAAAGUCUGCCUGUUGGAAUGACAGUUCAGUUUGGCUCAGAUGUUGAAGUCAUAUGUAUUGUAAAACUAACAUUUUUCUCAUGUCACUUUGUUUAACUUAGUGUUCAUGUGAUUGAACUGUCAUUUUUUUAUUUUCCAUCUGUUUUGCUGUUAAGUGAUUUGCGUUUUAUUUUGUUUUAUAUUGCAAAACACUUCAGUAGAGCGAGUAGCGAGUGAAUAAGGAGCAGGCCUGCUAAAACGUGGACCUGGGCUCGAAUCCCACUCAUGCUAUCUGUCGGUGUCCUUGGACAAGACACUGAAUCGACAUUGUCUCAGUACACCCAGCUGUAAAUGGGUACCAGCCGUGGCUGGGAAAGUAACCUGCAUCGGGCUGGCAUCCCGUCCAGGGGGAGUCGUAGACUGUCAUCUGCUUGAUACUAUGGAGAUAAGCGCCAACAGGCCUCAAGACCUAUAUAAAUGUAAUGUACUUUGAAUAUAUGAUGUGAAAGUGCUUUAUAAAUAAAUUUAUUAUUAUUGG